GCCAAUGGUGCCAUGUACUCCGAAUCUAUCAACCUGACCCGGCCCGGCACCAGGGGUCUCCGUCAGAGCUCCCACUCUACGAACCACCAGAACACCAGGCGCGCCCUUCUUGCACCAUCAAAUCCCAACUGCCGUUAUGCCGGCGGCCGAUCAGGUACCGGACGGCAAUUCAGCGGCGGACUCAUCUCAAGGGCUCUGCACGUGCACGCUAUCUUCAGCAGCCGAAGAAUGCGACGGCACUUGCCUGCUUUGCAAUCGCCGGCGCUCAACCCUCCUCCCUUCGUCGGCUUCCUCUUGCUCUCUGCUCAGCUUGGAGUCUUAUCCUGUUCAGGACUACAACAAGCUCUGGAGAGUGUACUCCGCCUCUGUUAAAGGCUUCGCCAUCGGAGCUGGCAUCAAAGGCGGCCUCGCUUUAUUCUCUAUUAUUGCUCGCCUCCGCCGCAGGCGAUCAUUUCCUUACGAUAAGAAAAUGGUCAUGUCUUCCGGCAGCGAAGAUGUGAUUUUGGCAGUGAAAGAGACUCUUAGAUACGGUCUGUUUCUGGGAACGUUUGCUGGUACAUUUGUUUCAGUGGAUGAAAUUAUUUCUUCUCUAGGCGGUCACCGCAGGACAGCAAAAUGGAGAGCUUUACUAGCUGGAGCAAUAGCAGGCCCUUCAAUUCUACUUACUGGAUUGGAGAACCAACAUACAAGUUUGGGAAUUUACAUUCUUAUGCGGGCAGCAGUUUUGGCAUCGCGCUGUGGAAUAAAAAGUGAGCGAUUCGGGUGCAUUUGUAAACCACUAACUUGGGCACAUGGGGACCUUUUUCUGAUGUGUCUUUCCUCUUCCCAAAUUUUAUCAGCAUAUAUACUAAAGCAAAACAGUCUGCCUCCAUCUUACAAGUCCUUUCUCAAUAAACAUGGGGGAAAAGACCUUGUCAUAUUGAAUGGCGUGAAAGACCUUGCAUGUGGCAUGCCAGUAAAAAAUUUGCAUGCGAUAGAGAGGUAUUACAAGUCUACUGGUAUAGACCUCAAACUUGAUCCACAUAUGAAAGUUCCUUGCACGAUGGUCCAUGGAGAUCAAACAUGUGGGGCACAUUUUUUAACCUUCCUAAUUCAAGCAUAUAAGAGAGCUCUGCCUGUCUACCUACCAGUUUAUUUGAUACCUGCUCUGAUAGUGCAUCGACAAGGCCUCUUGAAAAGGUGAUUUCUGUAAAUUUCUUAUCGGUCAGUGAUUUUCCAUUUUCCCCUAGUUUGUCUUUUAUUAUCUUGACCGUGAUGCGGCACUUGUGCGUGAUCUAUCAACAGUUUGCUCUGUAAAUGGAUUUUUUGCUGGCUUAUCGGUUCGUUUAUUUUGCCUGCUUAUCAUGAUAUAUCUGAGCAUGAGUAUGGCCAGUGUCAAGCUGUUCAAGUAAUAGUCUUGCUGUUGAUAAGAGUUAUUAUUUUCAUUAUUUGUCGGUAAUAUGAAAGCUGAUGUAAAUUGAAAUCAUUCUAUAAGGUAAGCCUUAACUGGAAACAACUUUAUUGUGGCUAAUGGUACAUUUGUGCCUUUUGCUCUCUUUUAUGUUGAAUGUGAAAAAAUUGUUGAACCAAUAGGAAAAAUGCCUCUUUCAUAUCUUAUAUGGUAUUUAUCACUGUGAUAUGCAUGGUCAUCUGUAGAAUCUUCAAGUUUCUUCAAAAUGAACUUUUCUGCUAUAACCUUCUUUCACUGUUUAUGUUGUUUUCUGUGUGUUCAUAUUCAUGCAGACCUUAUACAAUAUUGUGGAAAGGUAUUUUUGGGACAGCAAGAUCUAGUUUGUUUCUUUCCAUGUAUUGUGCAUCUGCCUGGUUAUGGACUUGCAUCCUUUUUAGGAUUUUCAAGAGAUGUAAUAUACCUAUGGUGGCAGUUGGAACGUUUCCGACUGGGUUGGCCUUGGGGAUAGAGAAGAAGAGCAGGCGGAUCGAGAUAUCACUGUAUUGCCUGGCACGUGCUAUUGAGAGCUUCUUCACAACGAUGGCUGACGUUGGAUGCUUGCCCCAAAGAAUGAAAAACAUGAAGAGAGUAGACAUGGUAAUAUUUAGCGUUUCAACUGCAAUUAUAAUGCACUGCUAUGCCACGGAACGAGACGUCUUCAAAUCCAAAUACUUGAAUGUUCUUGAUUGGGUGUUUGGCGUGCCUCUUCCUCCGUGGGAGACCACUCCUCGAAGGAAGAAGUUCCCGUGAAGCGGAUACUCCAUUAUAAAUUUAUAACCGUUGUUAUUUAUGUGCACCACUUAUUGUAUACCAACUUUGCACACCACAUUUGGACAUCUUUUUGUUCGCGCGACAUAUGUUGUCUCUUGAACAAAAAAAAAUGUCUUUGUACAUUGUACACAUUGGUAUACAAAAAAGUUCACAGAAAAGCUCUGUUAUGUCUUGGCUUGUAGCAUUCAUUGCUCCAAACAAGUUGUGUGAUAACAGUUCUAAUAUGUUUUUCCAAAACAGGUGUAGAAUGCACCAUAAAUAGAUAGUUUUACAACAU